UCCAAUAAUUAAAUCCACACCAAUAAUGAUUAUAUCAAUUGAAAAAAGGGUGGGAUGAGGUUGAUGUGGUAGACAAUGGUUGGUCGGUUUAUUAAGAGUAGAAAACAAAUAAAUAAAGCCGUUCAGGUUGUUGGAUGAGACAUGACAACAACAACCAAAAAUUACUAGUAUUUCUAUUCUAUUUCUAUAUUCUUUCUGAAUUUUGAGUAGUGAACGGGUCAAUUGCCAACCCGUUACCCGCCCAUCAAAACUCAUACAUAGGCCUACAAAAGCUAAUUUAAUCCGCUGAUUCGAUCUGAACUUUUUUGAAAAUAAAUGAAUUUGAGUUAUUUUUGAUCCAAUUAAUUUCAAAUUUAUUUAUUUUCGAUUAGGGGUCGGGCUAGCAGGUCAAAUCAACUUUAAACAAGCCUAAAGCCUACUCAUACCGAAAUCAGGUAAAUUGGUAUUUUACGAGAAAAUAGAAGAAAUAGUGAUAUGUUAGUUCUAAUCAAAAAUAGAAAUUAUGAUAAAUUUAGUAAGACAGACUGAGAGGGGGCAAAUUUGAGGUAAAAUAGGCCAAUUCAGUUGAAACAUUCUCUGGAAACUAUAAUCAUAAUCAUAUUUUGAGCGAGAGCGAGUAUUAACGAGAUUAUAGUGAUUCAAUUACCAAAACGAGUUGUAUAGUUAUCUAAGAAUUAUUGGCAGCUUCUGGAAUCCUAUUGUUCCUCCGUCUAGCCUCUCACUUUUCUCAUUGAUUUCAAACACACCAAAUCUUGAAUCCCAAAAGUGGGUUAUUGCAUAAUUUGGGUGAUUAAAAGCAUAAUCAAUCAACAGUUCUUGUAUGAAAACAUCUUGACAUUGUAUAUAAUAUGGGUUCUAAAGAUGGAAGUGUAGGGUGGAGUGUAUUUGACACUAUAAAAUUUCUUCCCGCAACCCCAGAUGCACUCAUGGCAGAGAUAAAUGCAGCCAUAGCUGCUUUAGAAUAUGCACAGGCUUCCACACAACUCGCUCCUCGAGCUAAGAGCAGCAACUCGGUUCCAUGUUCAGUUUAUGAUGCCGAGAUUGCAGAGGAAGCUUACAAGCUGGGAUGUAUUGCAUUAUCUGAGGGUAAGCUUGAUGAAGGCCUUCAAUCUUUGAACAUUUCUAUAUCUAAAUGCCCACCUCAACAAAUUGAUGUUAUUGCCAAAAUACAGUCCCUAAUCUCUUUUACAGCCCAACAAUUUAAGAUGUCUUCUAAAUGACUAUAUUAGUCGCUUUCCUUUGUCCACUUCUUGGAGGGGCACCGGUAAUCUGGUAUGAUCUGUCUGCUAUCCUCCUCCCACCAGAUCAUGACUUGUGCGGGAUACUGGGUUGUUGACUUUGACUCUGAUUUUGAGUCACUUUCCCAUUGACAGUGUGUGCUCUUUGAUGCUUCUUUUAACAGUUGAGUUUGAAAAUUGUGUUUGUAAUACUACUCAUUUUUACUCACAUUUUGUCUAUUUACAGUACACCAUUUUUCCCAUUAGCUUAUACUCUCAGUCACCUAAAGAUAUCGCCCCAAACUUCUUGAUCUGAGAGCUUUUACAAAGUUUCGGGGCAAUCUUAAAGGGGCGGAAGGAGUUGUGAAAUCUAUUAGCAACUUCUAUUCAUGCCAUAUACGAUAGUCUAACCGUUAGACCAUGUAAACUUUUUCGAAAAUUCUUAAAUGAGACAGUUUCAUGGUGAGACCGUCUCUAUUAGGUUGAUCCAUGUAUUUACAAUUAAGUGAUCAAUUAUAGAAUUGAGCUAAUUAUAUGGGUCCAUCUCAUGGUGUGAUGGUUUCAUACAAGACGAGCUGAAACUUUUUACGUUGUUUAUUUCAGGAGUUUUGUGCAGCUAUUGAUAAGGCUCAAUUUAACACUUUUUUGUGCAGUUACUGAGAUCACUUUGUAUAUCACAUUUAUGAAGCUCACCAACAAGUUAUACCUUAACACAGUUGAAUGAAAAGUGUUGAUGAAUCAAAUGCUCUUGAGAUUUAGGGUUCAUAACUGUAAAACUUUUUGAUCAUCUUAUUCAAUGUAUUCCGCUCAUAGAAAUUAUGUUCAAGGUUAGAGGAAGGAUGGAAGACGGCAAACCAUGUUGUUUGAUGGAAGACUCAAGGAAAAUGAAUAUUUUCAAGCUAGUUGAUUUACUAAAAUAUGAAUGUCAUGUUGUUUUAAGUAUUAUAUGUUUUAAAAUUGAUUUUAUGCUUUUUAGAUAAAAAGUGCAUCUUGCUUGCAAAAAGCUUGCGCCUUUGCCCUAUGUUUUGCGCCCAAGCUCUAAGGACCUUUUGAGUGCGAUCUCGUGGUUUUUUGAACUGAGAUUGAAUUAAGAUUGGAAAAUAUCAGGUUGAAUACUUGCACUUUGCAGAUACGUUUACUAAUAUAUGCUAGCUUGCCCAUUAACAAUGCAAGUUUGGGAGAAGUUGUAGAUUAGUGUCGAGUAAUCAAUUCAACUAAAAGCUUAAGCUGAUGGUUGAGACCCAAAAUAUGUUAUAUACUCUAACACGUUCUUUUACAUGAGAGCCCUUUGAGCUAGAAGUGUAGAUGCAAGAUAGACCUUUUUCAUACUUGGCGCUGAAUAUUUUACUUUAAAUAAAGGGUGGUUAAGAUUUAAA